AUGGCGGCGCUUCAUGGUGGCUGCUCUGACUUCUUUGACAAAUGUUCCGGAGACACGGAGGAAGAAUACCUAGGCACUCACGCGCUGCCGACACAACCAAACAAGGCAAGCCCGGACUCCGCAUCAGUGACCACAGUGGUCUUAAAGACACUACUGGCGGAACUUCAAAAGAACAUCCUCACGGAUAUAACAGCACUCCAAGCUGACCUACAAGGCCUGACAGGCCGAAUGCGCACACUUGAGGACACAUCCGCAACUAAAGAAAUAAAAAAUAUCCUCCUUAGAAACAAAAGGAGACUGCUUAGAGAUAUGGAUAUAAUCUGGAUAUUUUAG